AUGAAUUUCCACUUCCUCGUUAUGGAUUUGCUUGGUCCUAGUCUCGAGGAUCUUUUCCUGUUUUGUAGCCGGCGUUUUACGAACAAAACAGUGCUGAUGCUAGCCGACCAGAUGCUUUCACGCGUUGAGUUUGUCCACAAUAAAUGUUUCGUGCACCGCGACAUCAAACCCGACAAUUUUUUGAUGGGGAUUGGACGUCACUGCAACAAACUCUAUAUAAUUGAUUAUGGUUUGGCCAAGCGUUUCAGUUGCCAGCGUACCGGGCGGCACAUCCCUUAUCGAGAGGACAAGAAUCUCACUGGGACUGCACGUUACGCUAGUAUCAAUGCACACCUAGGGAUAGAACAAUCUCGUCGUGAUGAUAUGGAAUCUUUGGGAUAUGUUCUUAUGUAUUUCAACCGUGGGUCGUUGCCAUGGCAAGGUUUGAAGGCCAACACUAAGCGGCAAAAGUAUGAGAGAAUUAGCGAGAAGAAGAUAUCCACACCCGUUGAAGUCCUUUGCCGAGGCUAUCCAGCCGAGUUUGCUAUGUACCUUAACUAUUGCCGCGGUCUCCGGUUUGAAGAACCACCGGACUACAUGUACUUGCGCCAACUGUUCCGCAUCCUUUUCCGAACUCUGGGUCAUCAGUUCGACUUCCUGUUCGAUUGGACGAUGUUGAAACAA